AUGAACGAACCUUUGCUAGACGACCUGUCCGACACCGAGUCCAAUCCGGUGGCUCUUCUGCCCAACGACCCGAAACAGGCCGACGUGACCGACUUUGAGGUGUUUGGCUGGUGUUUAUACUCCUGGGCAGCCGAGCCGUUCAUCGUUAGCGUGGUGGGCACGUAUGUCCCACUGCUGCUUGAACAGAUCGCCCGCGACAACGGCGUGCGGCUCAGCGACAAACUCACCCCGUGCAACGGCCUCCACGACCCUACCAUCCCGCUGCCGUCCCCGCCAGACUCCGUCGGCAAUGCCACCCUCGCUUCCCAGGGCGACUCAUGCGUCCUGCCGCUGCUGGGCGGCCGUUUCUACAUCGACACCUCCUCCUACGCCCUCUACACGUUCUCUGUCUCGGUGCUCGUGCAAACAGUCGUGGUCAUCUCGAUGUCCGGGGCCGCAGACCGCGGAUCGCACAGAAAACCCAUGCUGGUCGGGUUCGGCGUCGUGGGCGGCCUCUUCACCAUGGCCUACUGGCUCCUCGGGCCCCAGAACUACUACAUGGCGUCGCUGUUGGCCAUCCUCGCAAACAGCGCGUUUGGUGGAGUCAACGUGUGCGGAAACUCGUUCCUGUCACUGCUGGUGAACAAUCACCCCACAGUGCGCUCGAUCCAGCACUCUGCCUCGGAGAAACUCGCCAAGAUGGGCGAGCUUUCGUCGAAAAUCAGCGGUACAUGUGCCGCUGCGGGCUACGUCUCGGCCCUCUUGAUGCAGGUGAUCACCAUGCUGGUCAUCUUGCAUGUCCGCAACAACCCAAACGUGGACUCGCUUAUUUAUCCGCUCAAGCUCGUGAUCGGUCUUGUGGGGCUCUGGUGGCUCGUGUUCCAGCUGCCAAUCCAUUUCCUGCUCAAGUCGCGCCCUUCAAAAGAACUGCUCAUUGCGGCAGUGCCGCCAAGCCCGUCAGAGCCAAACUACCUGCUCGGCUACUUAAAGUACCAGCUCGUGGUCAUCAAAGCGUAUAUUCUUCAUGGAUAUAGAACGUUACUGUCUGCAGCUAAAGCCGCGUCGCAGCUCAAAGACAUCACUGCAUUUCUAGUUGGAUGGUUUGUCGUUUCAGACUCGCUAACAACUAUCAACUCGACCGCAAUCCUCUUCGCAAAAUCAGACCUGCAAAUGACAACGCUCCAGCUGUCGCAGAUCGGAAUCCUCACCAUGAUCUCGGCCAUCGGCGGCUCCGUGCUGCUUCCCAACGUGAUCCAGCCGUACUUCAAGCUCAGCCUGAAACAAACCAUGGUGCUCAUUAUCGUUUGGGCCUCGGUAAUUCCUCUGUAUGGAAUCAUUGGCUUUUUCAUCCAGUCCCUGGGGCUCCACCACGCAACAGAAAUGUACUUUCUGGCCAUUUGGUAUGGAUUCUCACUAGGAGGCGUGGCCACUAUCUCCAGAAGCUUGUACUCGAUGCUGAUUCCAAAGGGCCAAGAGUCGGUCUUUUUCGCAUUGUUCAGCAUCACCGACAAAGGCUCCUCGAUCGUGGGCCCGCUCUUGGUCGGACUGAUCAUCGACAGAACACACGAUAUCCGCAAAUGUUUCUGGGUACUCUUUCUUUUGCUGGUCGCUGCUGUGCCGCUGUUCUGGUACGGUGUGGACGUUGAUCGUGGGAUCAAAGAAGCAAACGUUCUUGAAGAGGAAGAAGUGGACUAA